AGUUUUCUCUUUUCCCGAUUAUUUUUCCUUUCUCGCUCUCUCCUUCUCUCCUUCUCUCUCUCUCCAGUUUCGCCAUGGCUUUUCGUCACCACAAUUUUCAGCAGAAGCCCCGUGAUUCGAAGAACUUUAGGGACUUGUGUGGGAUCGAUAGCCAGAUUUCACCAGGACUUGGGUUCGAGAGCUCUGCUAAUCUCCAUGAUCAGUCUCAGCAUCCUCCGUAUAUUCCUCCUUUUCAUGUUGCGGGUUUUGCACCGAGCCCUGUUGUGAAAACUGACGGUCCCGAUGGAGCCUCCGACUUACAGUGGAACUACGGAUUUGAACUGAGAAGAAAGAGAAUAAAGGAGCAGGAUUUUUUAGAGAGUAACAGUUCUCAGAUAUCUUCAAUCGACUUUAUGCAAGCUCGGUCUGUUUCGACUGGAUUGGGACUUUCACUUGACAAUGCUCGCAUUGCGUCUUCUGAUAGCUCGGAUUUGUUGUCGCUUGUCGGAGAUGAUAUUGACCGGGAGUUGCAGAGGCAAGAUGCUGAAAUUGGUAGAUUUCUCAAGAUUCAGGGAGACCAACUACGGGAAACGAUACUCGAUAAGAUUCAGACGAGUCAACUUCAAACGGUGUCUCUCAUGGAGGAAAAAGUUCUCGAAAAACUCCGUGAAAAAGAAGACGAAGUGCAAACCAUGAACCGGAAGAACAAGGAGCUCGAGGUACGGAUGGAGCAGCUAACAAUGGAGGCCGGGGCAUGGCAACAACGUGCAAAAUACAACGAGAAUUUGAUCAAUGCCCUCAAGUACAACCUCGAGAACGUGCAUUCUCAGCCCCGAGACAGCAAAGAAGGGUGCGGGGACAGUGAGGUGGACGACACAGCUUCGUGUUUCGGCGGGAAAACCUCGUGGAUAAACAACAGCGACAUUGCGGGAACGGAGGGGUCGAUCUCGGCUCCGAUGAUGUGUAAGUCGUGUGGAGUGAGAGAGGUGUGUAUGUUGUUGUUGCCAUGUAAGCAUCUGUGUCUGUGUAAGGACUGUGAAAGCAGCCUUAGCUUCUGUCCGUUGUGCAAGUCUUCCAAGUUUCUAGGCAUGGAAGUGUACAUGUGAUUUUGUGUUUUUGUGUAACCGUUAUCUGAUUCCUAGUAACAGAACUGAACUCAUGCAUUGUGUUAAUAAUAAUAUUAAUAUUAUUAUC